UAUUCAUAUAUUCAAAUAAAAAAGGAAAAGGAAAAGGGAAAAAAGAGAAGGGGGGAAAAACCAAACAAAACAAAAGGAGGGAUUUUCAAAGGGUUUUUAGGAGUGAUCCAUGCCAAAUUUGGCUUUUGCCUUGUGAGUUGGAAACAAGAAUCUAAGAUGGCCGAUCCCGAGGCAAGUUUCUGUUUGAUUUGAUCUUCACUAACUUUUCCUUUUCUUCUACAAAGUGAGAGAUGAGAUCAAUCACAUGGGCUUGUGUUAGAAAGGGACUUCGUUUCACCUUUCUUCUUUUCUUAUGGUAUGAAAUUGACAGCAUUAUCUUCAAGAAGUCCGCCAAAUAUUUCGUCUCCAAUCACUAAAAGGCAAAAAUUGCAGCUCAAUAUAAGGGACUUGAAAAGCUUAUCUAGGUUUCUCUCGCCUCAUUGAACCCCACAAUGAACAAUGUGAGGACGGAGAACAACCAGCAGAGUAGACCAAACCCAUGGGAUGGGAAUUCCCAACUUAGAGAAACCUCUCAAUCUCGCAGUUAUUCUCCAAGCUUGUGCAACUGUGUAGGGAUGGGAUCAAACGUCUCAAGCUCUAGACGACAACGCUCGUCUGAGAUGCUGGAAUUGAAGGUGGCAGAAUUAGAGAGGGAGCUGCUGAAGCAGAAAGAAAUUCAGCUUCUCUUUAAGAAGAGGAUGGAUAGAGCACAAGAUACUCUCAAGUGCUUCCUAGAGAAAGCCCAGGACCGUGGAUUCUUGCACCUCAUAAUUGAGAACAGAGACAAUGUGGAUGGCGAUGGCAGCCCAAAUUGCAUUCAAAGCGCCGGUUCCAGUCCCGCAAUGCCCUCCUCAAGCAAUCCGUUUGCAGACCUACAGCCACUCAUCGAGCAAGCCAAGCUCCAUGGAUGGUACAUCGAGCCACAUGAGAUUGAACUGAGGGAGAAGAUAGGGCAAGGGACAACAGCCAACAUAUACAAGGCAACAUGGCGGGGUCUUGACGUAGCAGUGAAAUGCCUUAACCAAGACUUCUUCUGUUCAAACGAGUGUGGCGUAUCUUACUUCGCGCAGGAGCUAGAGACACUCUGUCGACAGCGCCACCGGUUCGUGCUGCAACUGAUGGGAGCAUGUCUCCAGCCACCGGGUUGCGGGUGGGUUGUAACGGAAUAUUUAAGGAUGACAUUGCAGGAGUGGCUUCAUGGGCCAGGGAAGAGGCAGAAAGAGAGGGCACUUCCUCUGCCUCCAUUUCAAGAGAGGUUGUUAAAGGCACUAGAAAUAUCUCAAGGGAUGCAAUAUCUUCAUGAACAGAAGCCUAGAGUCAUACAUCGUGAUUUGAAGCCCAGUAAUAUUUUUUUGGACGAUGCUUUCCAUGUGAGAGUUGCUGAUUUUGGCCAUGCACGAUUCCUCCACGAUAGAGAGAUGGCUCUCACUGGAGAAACAGGCACCUACGUUUAUAUGGCACCAGAGGUGAUUCGAUGCGAGCCUUACACAGAAAAGAGCGAUAUAUAUAGCUUUGGUAUCAUAUUAAACGAACUUUUAACAGGAAAAUAUCCUUAUAUUGAGAUUGAUUAUUCUCCCUUCAAGAUUGCCGUAGAAGUGGGAGAAGGCAACCUGAGACCGGAGCUUCCGGUGGACAAGGAUGGGGAGCUAAAGGAGCUUUUAGACCUAAUUCACGCAUGUUGGAAUGGAAAUGCCACCGUUAGACCAUCUUUUGCAACAAUAACCGGUUGCUUGAGAAAAAUUCAAAAUUAAGCAUCAAUUUUUUUUUUUUUUUUUUUUU